UGUAGACGAGCAAUUCCUGCAAAACCCUCAUCAAAUCGAUUCCCUGGGUUUGGCUUUCACCUUCGUCGCUAGCCGAGUUCCAUCGCAGAACCGAUUCAAUCUUCCCGCUCUUCACAUCUUUGUUGAAAUGCAAGUCGUCUCGAGCGCUCGUAGGCUCUCCAAUAUUCUCCAAUCUUCUUCCAUAUUUCUCCAGUUCGAUCGAUUUCUUGUUUCGAAUUUUCCUGUAAACGAGGAUCGGCGAGCUUUUUAUCAAUGGCGGACUAUCUCUGGCAUAGCUCAGCAAUGCUGUUCAUCAAUGACACAAGAAUGUUCCAUUCCCAUGUAUCUCUCGAUGCCUAAUGCUUCUUUCUCAUCAGAGGCUUAUGCUGCCGAGGGCACCGCUACAGCCACUGCCAAGGAAAUACAUGAUAAAAUGCUUGAAUCUGUAGAGGUUAAAAGAAGCAUGCCUCCCAAUGCUUGGAUGUGGUCAUUGAUCGAAAAUUGUAAAACCUACGAGGAUAUUCAGCUUCUAUUUGGCAUUUUGAAAAGGCUGCGGAUAUUUAGGCUAUCAAAUCUUCGUAUUCAUGAUAAUUAUAAUUCUCAUCUUUGCCAAGAGAUCACCAAAGCAUGCAUACGGGCUGGUGCCCUUCAUUUUGGAAAGAAGACCCUGUGGAUUCAUAAUGUGAAUGGAUUGACGCCUAGUGUUGCAUCUGCUCACCAUUUACUGGCAUAUGCCGAAGAACACAAUGAUCUCAAACUCAUGGCUGAAGUUGUGACACUUAUAAGAAGGAAUAAAUUGCCACUACAACCUGGUACUGCAGAUAUUGUUUUCAGGAUUUGUUAUAAUGCUGAUGAUUGGGAGCUGCUUUCCAAAUACUUCAAAAAAUUCUCCAAGGCUGGAGUAAAAUUUCGUCGAACAUCUUUUGAGACGUUGAUGAGAUUUGCUUCCAAAAUAGGAGAUGUUGAUUGUCUAUGGAAAUUUGAUAGGAUGAGAUCUGAAACAAUGGAGCAACAUACUCUCGGAACUGCAUUUUCACGUGCUAAGGGUCUUCUAUUAGAACGUAAGCCUGAGGAAGCUGCUGCUCUCCUUCAUGAAAUUUAUCAGACCUUUUCGAAUUCGAAGUCGGGAUUUAUGACCGAGAUUCAACAGAUGGUCAAUGAGUGGCCUGCACAAGUUAGGAAACACCAAAAAGAAGCUCACCAGGAGGAAUUUGAUGCAGAUCUUAAAUCAUAUAUUUCUACAAUGCUCAGUAAUCUGCAAAACGUUGGAGUUGAGGUGAACGUAAACAUCUAAAUCGGUAAAGAACAUAACUCGAUUUCAGAUGAAGUUUCAUCACGAUUUGAAAAUUGUUUUGUAAUGAGGGAUGUGAUAUGAUUGAGCUGAAUCCAGUUGGGAGGUUGAGCAAAGUUCAUUUUUUACCGAGACGUAGAAACGCUGUGGUUCGAGAGAGAGAGUGACUCGAGACAACACAAAAGAUAGCAAAUAAACCAACUCUGCUCCUUAAUGCCUCUGCUCUGGUUUAUUUUUGCAUCAGUAGAUUUAUAGGGAUAACACUAGGCGUUGUUGUCGGUUACUAUAUUUUUGUAGUGUACUCAGAUCUUCAAUUUCUUGUAUCACUAAAACCCUUAAUUUUCUCUAAGAAUCAAUUUAGAUUUUCUAUUUACGGGUAA